CUCACGAACAAUUACAAACCAACUAACAACAACGAAGAAGUUUCUCUCUCAGUUUUGAUUCGCGACUUCCCGAAGCUGAAAUUCUUAGGGUUUUGCACCGUUCGAACCCUAGAUUCCUCCCCAUUCUUAAGAGGGAGGCCUACUAACUAACUGUAUUCAAGUUUUAAACAAUGGAUUUAGAAGAUAAAUUUCUUGCUAAAGUUUCUGGUGUUCAAAGCCUUUCUUCCAGCGUGCAGAGCACCCCUGAGAAAAUUGGGCAUUCAGAUGAUGCUUCAAGAAGUCCAGAACUCCUCCAGGAGUUUCUGAAAUGUGGACCAAAGAAGGAACUUCUUCGAAGUUGCUUUGAUAAGGACAAGAAAAACUCAGCUUCAUCAAAAAGCAAAAUGGCUGAACUUCUGAAGACAAAUAACAAGACAAUUAAGAAGCAUGACUCUAAAAAAGUUUCUUCAAGUCCCACCAAUCAGCCUUCUAGGAAGCAACAGAGAAAAGGGGAGAACCCCAUACGACUCCCUCCUCCUCCUGAGCAGUCUCCAGAUUUUGGAUGUUCAAACACAUGGAUCUGUAAAAAUUCUGCUUGUAGAGCUGUUCGAUCCAUUGAUGACACAUUUUGCAAGAGGUGUUCUUGUUGUAUCUGUCACCUAUUUGAUGACAAUAAAGACCCUAGCCUCUGGUUGGUUUGUACAUCUGACUCUGGUCAAGAGGACUCCUGUGGACUAUCUUGUCACAUUGAGUGUGCCCUUCAACGUGAAAAGGUUGGGGUUGUUGAUCUUGGGCAAUUAAUGCAGCUAGAUGGCAGUUAUUGUUGUGCUGCUUGUGGUAAAGUUUCGGGGAUACUUGGAUGUUGGAAGAAGCAGCUAAUUGUAGCUAAGGAUGCUCGACGACUUGAUGUACUAUGUUAUAGGAUUUAUUUAAGCUAUAGGCUCCUGGAUGGGACUUCAAGGUUCAAAGAACUGCAUAAUAUUAUAAAAGACGCAAAGUCCAAGCUAGAAACAGAGGUGGGUUCAGUGAAUGGAAUUUCUGCGAAGAUGGCACGUGGCAUUGUCAGCAGACUCUCUGUAGCUGGAGAUGUGCAGAAACUUUGUUGUCUUGCUAUUGAGAAAGCAGAUGAAUGGCUGGCAUCUAUUUCUAAUGUCAAUUCAAAUUGCAGAGAGGAUUCACUUCCUGCUGCUUGCAGGUUUUUCUUUGAAGAAGUGACAUCUUCCUCUGUUGUUAUUAUUUUGAUUGAACUGUCAACCGUAUCAUCUGAUGAUAUUAAAGGCUACAAACUCUGGUAUUGCAAGAGUAGAGAAGAGGUGCACACAAAAGAGCCUAUUUGUGUUUUUCCAAGGGCUCAGAGAAGGAUUUUAAUUUCCAAUCUGCAGCCCUGCACAGAAUACAGUUUUCGGAUUGUUUCCUAUACAGAUGCUGGUGACAUGGGUCAUUCAGAGGCUAAGUGUUUCACCAAGAGUGUGGAGAUAAUUCACAAGAACCCUAAUUCAACAAUAGCUGUGAAUCAUAAGAAGGCAAAUACCCUUGUUGAAGGAAGUUGUUCUAAUGCUGAGAGAGAAUCCAAAAUGACAAUGGGAGUAAGUUCUGGCUUCAAGGUUCAAGACCUUGGAAAGAUCUUGCGUCUGGCCUGGGCUCAAGAACAAGGAUGCCUCGAAGGGUUUUGCAGUGCUGACAUAGAAAAGUGCUGUGGAGCAAACAAUGCGGUCAAGCCUGAAACUCCUGAAGAAGAUCUGUUGCCAUCUAUUUCACGUGGGCUUGACUUAAAUGUUGUCUCAGUCCCUGAUUUGAAUGAAGAACUAACACCUCCAUUUGAGUCCUCAAGAGAUGAAGAUAAUGGAUGCACUUUUGAGCAAGCUGUUGAAGCAGAUGAUGAUGCUGCUUCUCAUGACAUAGAGAAAAACCGAUUAGCAAGAUCUCAUGGCAGUGGUGACUCCCAGACCUGGACCCAUGGGCCAGCUGGAGAAGUGCCUGCUGUUGAUUCCCAGACAGAGUUGUGCAGGAAAAGAUCGGCACCCUCAAAUGAAGAGCCACAUGACUGCAAUAGCACUCUGAUUAAUGGGUCUCCAUUCCGCAUUUCCGAUGGUUCGGGUUGCUUAGAUGAGAACUUCGAGUACUGUGUCAAGAUAAUUCGAUGGCUAGAAUGUGAAGGUCAUAUUAACCAAGAUUUUAGGUUGAAAUUACUAACAUGGUUUAGUUUAAGAUCAACAGAGCAAGAACGUAGGGUGGUUAACACUUUUAUUCAAACUCUGAUUGAUGAUCCAAGUAGCUUAGCAGGACAGUUGGUUGACUCUUUUUCAGAUAUUGUAUCGAGCAAGAGGCCUCGGAAUGGGUUCUGUAGUAAGCUGUGGCAUUAGAUUAGGAGAGGGCAUUCUAAGACGCAGGAUUGCUUUCUACUACAUGAUUAUUCUUUCCUUGCAAAGAAAAAAAUUACCUCUGAUUGUUUCACUGUUGUUUGUACAGGCAUUUUUUCAUAAUCACUGUCAGAAGUGAUUCAUUUGUA